UUAACCCCCUGUAAUCUGGUAACUCCUUGACGUCACGCUCGCGACGUCAUCAACCUCAGCCGAGACAGCCGUGGAAUCGGAGAGCAGCGACGCAACCGACUUGUUGCAGUGUCUGACGCGAGUCCGGUGGACCGGAGAGGCGACAAAAUCUGACAGGAAGUGCGGCCCAGACUACAACUCCCAGAAGUCAGUGCGGCUAUAUAUAAUGACUGCCAGCUAAAUAUCUGUGUGCAUGCUGUGUUGUUGUAAACACACAGUGAGAAUCACACACUGCACAUGUCUUCUUUUAAAAUAUGCCCCCCCCCCUUGCAAUAAAUCGUGCUGGGCUCUGAAUGGCAGCAGUCAGUGACUAGUUCUACAGCGAGCAAAGAACAGCGUUAUGUGCUGAGUUGUGACUGAGAAUCUUCACAGGAGACACUGGCAAGAUCCUGUAAAGCUGUGAAGCCAGACAGAAAUCACGUGGUCUUUGUCUUCCAGGAGGGUGGGAGCUAGUCUCAGUGAGGGUUUUGGACAAAGACAAGGUGGAUCUGACAUCUUUCCUUCACUUCCUGCAUUGUAACCCAUAUUAUUAAUAAUGAAUGCAAGAGACUCUGAUGAGCAGAACUCUGCAUGCAAAAUUAUGACCUUCAGGCCAACAAUGGAAGAAUUCAGAGACUUCAACAAGUAUUUGGUGUAUAUGGAGUCUAAAGGAGCACAUCGUUCUGGCUUGGCAAAGGUGAUUCCUCCAAAGGGAUGGAAGCCAAAGAGGCAUUAUGAUGACAUAGAUGACCUUGUCAUCCCUGCGCCAAUCCAGCAGAUGGUCACAGGCCAGUCUGGUCUCUUCACACAGUACAAUAUUCAGAAAAAGCCGAUGACUGUAAAAGAGUUCAGAAGACUUGCCAAUAGUGAUAAAUACUGCACUCCAAGAUACAUGGAUUAUGAAGAUUUGGAGCGUAAAUAUUGGAAAAACUUAACAUUUGUUGCUCCAAUCUAUGGGGCAGAUGUCAAUGGAAGCCUUUAUGAUGAAGACAUAGAGGAGUGGAAUAUUUCACGCCUUAACACAAUACUGGAUGUUGUAGGAGAACAAUGUGGGAUUUCAAUCGAGGGGGUCAAUACACCGUAUCUCUAUUUUGGAAUGUGGAAAACUACAUUUGCCUGGCACACUGAAGACAUGGAUCUUUACAGUAUAAACUACCUCCACUUUGGUGAACCCAAGUCAUGGUAUUCCAUACCACCAGAACAUGGGAAGAGACUGGAAAGGCUAGCUCAAGGUUUCUUUCCCAGUAGUUGUCAAGGAUGUGAUGCUUUUCUCAGACACAAAAUGACACUUAUUUCGCCUUCAAUACUAAAGAAGUAUGGUAUUCCUUUUGAUAAGGUUACACAAGAAGCUGGUGAAUUUAUGAUCACUUUCCCAUACGGGUAUCAUGCCGGUUUCAAUCAUGGCUUCAACUGUGCCGAAUCAACAAAUUUUGCUACAGUUAGAUGGAUUGAUUACGGAAAAAUAGCCAAACUGUGCUCAUGCAGCAGCGACAUGGUGAAAAUAUCCAUGGACAUAUUUGUAAAAAUGUUUCAGCCGGAGAAGUAUGAGAUUUGGAAACAGGGAAAAGACAUCUAUACUAUUGACCACACAAAACCUACUAUUGAAUCAACACCAGAAGUAAAGGCGUGGAUGACUAGAAGGAAAAGAAGAAUGAAGAAUGCUUUAAAAAGCCUUCAGCAUACCACAUCUCGUUCUAAGAGGCUUAAGACUCAGGAGGACAAGAAAGUAUCAGCCAUGGUAGUCGGGGCAGAAAUCAUAGCUGCUGAAGCUGCUACAGAUCCUUUCAAGGUCAAUGAAAAACCCACAGAAAAUGCAGCGUUAGUAAACAAAGAGGAGCCUUCAAGGGAUGAGAAGAACAUUAGAGAAGUGCAUCUGGAUCACAGUUUAUUGAAUAAUAUCCAGGACCAAGGUUGUCCUCCUGUUCCCGUGGAUCAAGACCCAAAGCCAGAAGAAACAGAUAACUAUGACCUCAGUUUAGCUGCUUCAGGUCUGGCAGAGUUGUGCGGUUCCUAUGUGCAGUCUUCUCCAGCUAUAGUAGAAGACAGCAAAUAUUUACUGGAAAAGAAUGACCAAAAAGCGUUCACUCAGAAGACAGAACCAUAUCAUUUUUCAGAGGCCGAGAAAGAAGAGAGUAGCAGCUUUUCUAGUGUCGGAGACGAGGAUGAUGGCAGUGACCUGGAAGUUGCUGAAUGUGGCCUAGAACCUGGGGAAGUUCCUAGCUUGAUGAAUGAUGAUGGUUGGGCUGAGAACAAUGGAAAGAAACAUCAAAGGGCAAAAAGUUGGAGACUUCCACUUGGCAAACCUCCUUCUAGAUCUCUAAUGACAGUGGUUAAAGAGCAGGCAACUAGUGAUGAAGAAUUUCAAGACUAUUCCGGUGAAACAACUGAAGAGACUGAACUUUGGGCAAAGCCUCUCCUUCACCUCUGGCAGACCAAGGUGCACAGUUUUGCAGCUGAAAAGGAGUAUAAUGAAUCAGUCUCUAAACUGAAGCCAUAUUGUGCCAUCUGCAGUGUUUUUUUACCUUACUAUAAGUCGGAAACUUACAAUGAUGAUGUGCAAUCUUACUGGGAAACUGUGUCAAGCGAAAUACCACGAUUUGAGCCAAGAACAAAACCUCUGAUCCCUGAAAUGUGUUUCCUAUACAGUGAAGAAAACACAGAGUAUGCACUCUCAAAUACCUUUAUUGACGAUGAUGGAAAAAGUCAGCUGAUUGCAUGCACAAAAUGUAGUGUACAGGUUCAUGCAAGUUGUUAUGGUGUUCCUUCCCAUGAAAUUCAUGAUGGAUGGAUGUGUUCUCGAUGUAGAAUUGGAGUUUGGACAGCAGAAUGUUGUCUCUGCAGUCUACGAGGGGGUGCUCUCAAGCAAACAACGGAUAAUAAAUGGGCACACAUAAUGUGUGCAAUUGCUGUCCCAGAAGUAAAGUUUGAAAACGUUAUGGAAAGAUCUCAAGUAGACACCAGCAGAAUUCCUCUUGAGAGGUUAAAAUUGAAAUGUGUUUUCUGCCGACAAAGAGUUAAGGACUCUCAUGGAGCUUGUAUCCAGUGUUCAUAUGGACGGUGUCCCACAUCCUUCCAUGUGACUUGCGCCCAUGCUGCUGGGGUAGUGAUGGAACCUGAUGACUGGCCCUUUGUAGUGUAUAUCACAUGCUUUAGGCACAUGAUCAAUCAGAACAUGAGAAACAAAAAUACCAAGAAGAAUAUAAUUGUUGGACAGACAGUGAUUGCAAAACACAGAAAUACAAGAUAUUACAGCUGCAAGGUUACAGAAAUAACUUCUCAGACCUUCUACGAAGUAGAGUUUGAUGAUGGAUCUAUAAGUAGGGACACGUUCCCAGAAGAUAUUGUUAGCAGAGACUGUCUUAAACUAGGUCCGCCUGUACUGGGGCAAGAUGUUCAAGUAAAAUGGCCUGAUGGAUUACUUUAUGGAGCUAAAUACCUAGGAUGCAAUGUUGUGUACAUGUACAAGGUUGAAUUUGAAGAUGGGUCCCAAAUUGUAACAAAGAGAGAGGAUAUUUACACAAUGGAUGAAGAACUGCCUAAGAAGAUCAAAUCUCGUUAUUCCAAAGCUUCAGACAUGAAAUUUGAAGAUGCAUUUUAUGGGGAAGAAGUCAUUAAAGGUGACAGGAAAAGACAGAGAGUGCUCAACGUGAAGUUCAAAAAUGAAUAUGUAGAUGAUCCUGGAUAUCGCACAUUUCUUAAGAGUUCAUUCCAAAAGAAGACCCACAAGGGACAAUAACGGACUGUAACCACAUGCAAUUUAACAGACCUAAGUUUGGAAACAUUUGUUACAGCAUUUGCACUACAUCCAUAAAGAAAUACGUUGGACUGAAAGGGCAUUCUGGCUCAAUCUCCUUAUCAAAUGUUCUGUUUAUACAUGACAUUUACAUGCUUGCAGUGGAAACUUAGUAAUUGUUGACAUUAUGUCUUCUGUUAGAUAGUGGCCCAUAGUAUAGCAUUCCUUUAAAUAAUGUUUGGGAUAUAAAGGGAAAGACUUCAGACUUCUGGCAAGCUCAGGAAACCAUGUGCUCCUAAAAUAUAACCGUGUCUUACCAGCCUUGAAGUCUUUUGAAUGUUUUUGGAGAUGCCUACAGGUUGUACGCAUGUUUAUAUUGGUGGCACCAGGUACCCAUUUAGAAAGGUUAUAUAUACAGACAUUGCACUGUAUACCCUGCUGAUCAAAACUGUUAGCCCUAUUAGAUCAUUGAUUUUUUAUUCAUUGACCUUUUGGUACAGUAGUUAUCUUUGUGGCCCUUUAUACCAUAUCAUCUCUAGUACCUUUCGUUUUUCCUUAAAUAUUCUGGUUCAUGUAGUUACCUACAGGUAACAGUUAUGACGUCUUAAGAAGCAUUGACUUGGAAGCUACUUUAGUCACUCAGGGCUACAUGUUGUCAGGAUACAUAAAUUGAUGUUCUACAACAAAACUGUAAAUAUGAGUUGUCUUACCAGCAUUUAUUAUGGAAAACAUUACAAUUCUCAUCAGAAAAUUUAGUGCACCUGCCAUCUGCAAAAACUUUUUAUCUAAUGUAGAUAAUAACAUUUAUAUGUAUGUUUGUAAUAUACAUUGGUUGAAAAAUGUAUAUUUUGGAUAAAUAAAAUGCUGUCUUGUCCCUUCAGAUAUUGCCUGUGUGCAGGAAGUGUGGGAGGACCAGCAGGGCUCUGUGCAGUGAGGCUUUGUGAUAUGCUCCCAGCUCACACAGAAGGCUGAUUGACAAGCCAGAAGCCUGCACAGAGCCCUGCUUCUCCUGCUGACACAUAGGCAAUAGCUGCAGCAGCAUUUUUUAUUCCAAAAUACACACCUUUUUAACAAAUGUAUAUUACCAAUAUACAUAUAAUGUUAUUAUCUACAUUAUGACAGUGCCCAUUUAAAGGUCAAUAUUCUGAUUAAAAUGUACAUAUCCAUAUGUAUGCUUGUGCCACAUAUAGUGAUUUUUUUGUGUGGUUUUUUCUUGUAUAAGGAUUCAUAUCCCCUUGUUUGAGUGGUCCAGUUCACCUACAGUGCACUUUUCCAAUAUGCACUCCACAUGUAUAUGUAAGGUUUGUGAAGCAAUAAGAAAUGUUUUUUUCUGACAAGUGGGGAAAUCCUUGUCUUCGGACUAUACUUACCACUGUUUUACUUCUGGUUUUACAGAGAUUUGUUGAGCAACUAAUUCAUUUGUAUAUAUCCAAUUUCAGAAGCCAAAUGAAAAAUGGUGAAGAACUCUCAUGAAUAAAAUUAUUUAAAGACUAUUUUGUUAAGAGUUUCAUAUUUAUUUAAUAAUUUACAAUUUUACUGUCAAAGUGGUAUAUCCACAUCUACAUUGAACAACUUUUUAGUUACGUUUUCUUUGUUCAUACUGAAAUCUCUUUCAAAGAUUGUCAGCUUUACUCAGGAAUGGCCACUAGUCCUUGGCAAAUAAAACUUGAUCAUAUUGCGUUCGAAAAUAUGAUUUCAAUUGUUUUGUGAGACAUUUGGCUACAUAAUUUGGCAUUAUACUAAACUGAAAAGUGUCUAACAACAGAACUGAACAUGUUGCACUAGAUAAACAUGUUGAAAGGCUUUAUAUAUUUCUAUUGCACUUAUGCUCAUUUGAAACAGCAAGAGUGUACUUGAAACUCAAAUGUAAUGAGAACCGAUAUGUAAAAAAGUGCUGAGUUAGUUUCCUUGGUAUGAACCAGUUGAGGCUGCAUUAAAUUUUGGUCCAACCACUUCUUAAGGAUGGCAUCAUCCCCUAGUUAACAUGGGGUAAUGUAUGGUAAUUAAUACAUUACUAAAAAUGUUUUAAAACAGGUUCUAAAGAGUUGAACAAAUAUUUACAUAUUGCUGGAGCCUUAGAAAAAUUGAAAAAAAGCUAUACUUAUCUGGCAGCUCCCAUUCAGCACCUUUCAGUCUCCUCAUGCGUUUGUCCUCCUGAGAGGAGCAAUCUGAGCAGGAACUGCCCAGCUAGCCAAUUACUGGCGGCAGAAGACUAUCUUGGCUAUUGUUUGGCUAAAUGUAAUUAUAGAUUUUUAUUUUUCUAAUGUUUUUUUUUUUUUUGUCAAGCACCAGAAUUUAAAGAAACCCUCACUCAGAAAGUAGACAUUAGUUCAUGGCUUCAAAUAACCUAGAGAUACAACAGAGAAAUGAGAAGUGUGUGGUUUUCAAUGUUCCAACACUUUUCAGUUGUUUGCAUUUGGUUGUUUUCUUCUAGCAAUUCCUCAGUUUCUUUUUUUGUUGUGCAUAUUACACACUUUUUUCACACAUUAUGAAUUUGAUGUCAUGUGUACGUACCGUAUAUCAACCUUUUAAUAAACUUGUGCAAAAAACGUUUUUUUUUUUUGUGCAUUAAGCAACAGAAUAUAACAAAAUUUUCAAUUUACAAAUAGCUUUUGAUGGGGUAAUCUAUUUUAAUUUUUUAAGCGGUUAGGUAUGUGGAUAAUGUCAUUUUUUUUUUCUUUUUAAGGAAAGCUUAGGGUGGAGGGAAUAAUGACCUUAAAAACUAUUUUACUGCACUCUCCCAAGACAUUAUUACACAUUUAAUAACCAGCAUAGCCAAAAUUAUUACGCCAAAUGCCGACAAAAUAACUGUGUGAUUUGUACACCUGUAUGCAUAUGUGCCAUAAGAAAAUCUACCUUGUAAAUAUCCAAGAACUCCAGCCAUUUGUAAAUGGGAUUACUGGAACUGGUGAAACCACCUACAAGCACAACAAUUAUUUAAGUAUAUCUCCCCCACCCCUAAUACACACAUAUACUUUUUAUUAUUUGUGUGCAAUUUCUGUAACUGUAUGAAAUACAUUUUCUUAACUUUAAGCCUUUAGUUAGGUUUCUGCUCCUAAACAUUUUUGUCCAAGAAAUAUUAUUGCCUUUUGUUAAUUAUAAAACUUGUUGAAAUAAUGUUGGAAAAGAGUUUGACAUAAUAUAUUGAUGCUUUCCUUUGUUUUCUGUAAUUUAAAUAUUUAUGGUUAUGAAAUGAAUUGAAAUUUGUGACUCUCUUCUAGUAGAUUUUUUUUAUUUUCUUUUGUUAAGUUUGGGUGUUUAGCUAAGUUUAUAAAAUGAACCAUUAAAAUAAUUAAACUGCAAACAGUAGUUAUUAGUAGUUUUGAUAGGAAAUACAAAUGAUUUAAAAUGUGUCUUGAAAAUAAUAUAUUUCAUUGAAUUGACAUUCUCUAAGGACGCAAAGUCCUUACUGGAGUUGUACUCUUUUUUUCUACAAGAGAAUAAAUAAUUUUACUAU